GCAUCUCAUCGUCACGCUACCCCAGCGAGCGCCACUCAGCAACCCAAACCCUCGCAUUCGACGCAUCCUAUACCCCAUCAUCGAACUGUAUCAUUACCCACUCCACAGCCUGUUUCCACAUCUAAUACCAACGCACGUCCUCCUUCUCCUCGUAAAAUUUCUCAGCCUUUAGUCAACACCAGUGCUACGUCAACACAGCCUUUCCCCAGUUCAUCGCAAGGAAACGUUUCGUCCCGCCCCUCCAAGACAGCCGAACCUUCGUGGGCUGCCCGUGUUGCAGUCUCAGGACAUCCAUCUACGCCUGCUCCGUCCCGAGCUCACCUGCCACCAGAUAUGAAUCGUACAUUCUCCCAUGAUUCCGAGAUGCUGAUGACGCCUUCCUCUAUUGCACCUUCAAUGCCCAAGACACCGCAAAUACCGCAGACGAAUUUCGCCUCUCCACACCAAGUAACUGCGCCCCCAAUGAGGCAGAGGCAGAUGUCAACGGAAUCUAAGGAGUCGAAGAAGAGGCCGGGUGGUUUCCUUGGAGGGUUGUUCAGGACCAUGUCGGGGUCUGGCUCUUCUAAACCUCUCGAGAGUCCCGUUGCUCGAUCUCCAAAGCUAUCUAUGGAGCAGCACAAGUCUCCGGCGAUUGUAGCACCGCCCAUGCAGCACUCUAAGUCGUCUUCUCUGCCUAAGGAAUCAAAGGGUAAGGCAGUGGCUUCUGCACCUCAUGCUCAGACUACGACUCUUCCGCCCUCAUCAGCGUCGGCUCAGCCAAAGGCACCAAAGGACAGAGCCAGGAAGCACCCUGAUAUUACCACAUUAUCUGCACAUCCUCCUCGUGACCGCAAGCAGCCUUCGUCCAAUGUGUUCUCUUCAUUCAGUUUCCUGACUAGCAAGAGAAAUCGCACCAUGUCUGGAGCAUCUCUCGACGUCUGUGAUGGAAACACUGCAACGAACACUGUGAUCGGGUCACCGGCUCACUCUACUGUCAGUCAAGUGCAGCCUCUUCCGCCUAUGAUGCCGCCGCCUUCGCGCGAUCCUAUGGUGGCAACUAGCCAGUGGAGGGAUAGAGAAGAGGCGGAGCAGAAGAGGAGGAAGAAAAGUCGACCUCGACCAGGAGUGACCUUUGACGUUGAGGAAGACCCGCCUGACCCUUACCCUGGGGCUACAGGCAAGCAGAAAGGCGCGCGGCUGGUUCGGCGCAAAACUGGUCGUUCUGCGACUCCCGGACCUCGCUGAUGAAUAUAUGGCUAUUGACCUAUGUUUGAAGUAUCUUAGUAUUGUCUUCGUAUUAUGUUGUGUAAUCUAUGGUUUAACAAGAAUGGUAUCGAACUGAUAGCCGUGGAGUUUUUGAGGUAGGUAUACUUCCAACCUGGGCCGCCAUCAGUUCUCGAUCAAACUGACACUCCCCCGUUGUCUACUGUCAAAGCCAGUAUGAUAGACACAUGCUGAAUAUUUCAUUAAAUGAUUGAUAGUUACGGGGAAGUUCGACGAGCUUG